GGAAGGGGAAGGGGGAAUGGAGCUGCCGGUGCGGCUCUCGAAGAAUCUGAACGGGACGGUCGCUGAAUAACCCGGCCCGUAUCGGCCCCGCCGGGCAGAUGCCAACCUCGUGCCCGCAGUCCGUCCACGUUUGUUCGAAGAGAACAGUGCCAGGUGGCGGGAUGAGUGGCAGAUCGCAGUUUGCACGUUUACUUGCGGUGUAGUAUGAUACCGUUCAACCGCAACAAGCAGUUAACAAAUAAAAGCCAAAACAGUUCCACAGCUGGCCAGGAAACGCCGGGAACGCUUGGUUUUGAUUCAGUGAUACAGCAAACUCAUGCUGUGUGGCAGUUUUAACCUGCGGCAAUUUUGUUUGUUUCUGUGCACAGAGGAAAUAGCCUACAUUUAUUUCAAGGCGUAGCUACAGCCAGCGAGCAGAAAAAUCAACUCCAAGCAAAGAAUCUUUUGUUGAUGUCGUUUUCGUAUCGAUUGGGUUACCGCAUUCAGUGACGCGAACUGUGAUUGCGCUAAGUCCGUGCAUUUUCAAUAGAUUUACAAAAAUAUGCACUAUCUUAUUGGGAUGGUUAGAUGCAUUCGGUCACUCAACCUCCCGUGUCAGCACUUGGUUACACAUCGUAGGUAUUGGUGUUACAUUGGGUAGGCGAGAUCAAUAACAAAAGAAUUAGAGGCGCUAGGUGCGUCACGUGACUUCCAGCAGGAAACUAUUGUGAGUUUUGUAUCUCAAAUGUUCUGGACUGGAUGUUUAGCCAGCAGUCAGCGUGUGUUACACCGACACUCUAGCAACAUUCCUCUAAACUGGUUUUAAUCUUCGUCCCGAGGCGUGAGCGCAUUAAAGGAGCAGCAAGCUCUCAAAUAGUAAGUGUCUUGCGUGCGAUGACCUUUGCUUUCGAACAGGAGCGGCAAGCAUGCGUCGCCCUUCCGUUUGUUUGCCGAGGGAGAGCUGUGAUGUGCUGCUGAUUGUUAGAUUACCGGGCGAGGAAAGUCGAUUGCGCUCCGCGCUGUACCUUAAGCCGACUCCACGCAGGGAGAAGCAGCGUGCGGAUUUCAAACUCUUGAUGCUCGUUUUGUUUCUGCAAUGUGAGGUGAGGAAUCGAAACAUAAGAGGGAGCUCAGAACCUAAUUCACGUGCAGAUAUGGAGUUUGAUCAGCCUUUUACAUUCAUCUCUCUGAAAAAGCUGUCUGUUGCCCCCAGCCACAUGGAUGUUACCCUAACUCCACAAGAGCGAGUGAGGGCCCUCACCAAAAUGGGAUGUAAUGUAGAGAUCAGUGAGGUCAUUACCCCGCGUCGCUACUUCAGAUCUGGAGUGGAGAUGGUCCAAAUGGCAUCAGUCUACUUGGAAGAAGGAAAUCUUGAAAACGCCUUUGUCCUUUAUAACAAGUUUAUAACUUUGUUUGUCGAAAAAUUGCCAAAGCAUCGGGAUUACCAAUCAUGUGCAAUUCCAGAAAAGCAGGAUAUUCUGAAAAAAUUAAAGGAGGUUGCAUUUCCAAGGGCUGAGGAGUUGAAGGCACAGCUUAUUGCCAAAUAUGAUGCUGAAUACAAAGAAUUUAUAACUGCUCAGAACAAAUCUAGAGAGGCUAAAUUGGAAAAGGAGCAGCAAAGUAAGUUGUUUGAGGAGGAGAAAAUGCGCGUUGCUCGGAUUCGUCAGCAGCAGUUGGAGGUGCAGCAGUUCCGUAUCUUUGAAGAGCAGCUUAAGAAGCAGGACCUGGUGAAGGAAAAGCAGAAAGAGAUAAAGUCACACAUGACGGAACGGAGCGAUGGAGGGAUGUUGACAUGCACCGCUGCUGCCUAUGGAAGUUCUGAACCUUCCCUUCUUCCCCCGAUGGGAGCUAAUGCUGCCGGACAGAUGCCAGGUGAUGCCCAGCCAGGAUGGUGCCCUCCUGUGGACAGGUCCCUCAAGCCACAGAGCACCCCGAGUAAGCAAAAUGUCGAUGGGCUUCAGCAUGUGGUUCUACCAAAGAAUCUUUGCCAACAGUUUUUGAUGCAGGCUGAUUCAAAUACAGCGCGAGGAAUAGAAACCUGUGGUAUUCUUUGUGGGAAACUGACGCAUGACGAGUUUAUGGUUACACAUGUGAUAAUACCUAAGCAAUCAGGGGGACCGGAUUACUGUGACACAGAGAAUGAAGAGGAACUAUUUACUAUUCAGAAUAAACAUGGCCUUAUCACUCUGGGUUGGAUCCACACCCAUCCAACACAGACUGCAUUUCUUUCAAGUGUGGAUCUUCAUACUCAUUGCUCCUAUCAGCUGAUGUUGCCGGAGUCCAUUGCAAUUGUUUGUGCUCCCAAACACAAUGAGACUGCAGCCUUCCGCCUUACUCCUGCAGGGAUGCUGGAAAUUUCCUCCUGCCGAAAGAAAGGGUUUCAUCCACAUUCUAAAGAGCCAGCUCUAUACCAAACUUGCAAACACAUCAUUAUAAAAGAUAUGAAUAUAAUCAUCUUGGACAUGAGGUGAUAACGUGAGACUACCACAGACAUGAAAUCGGAAUAAGUUAUUUCUAUCGUAAGGACACAAAUGUUACUUUCAAAUUUCAAUGGCCAAUUUUGGCCAACUGGAUUAUUUAAAGCCUUUUUGUAUAUUCAUGUUACAAAAAAUGUAUACCAAUGAUUAAUAUUUUUGAAAUGCACCAAAUAUUUCACAGGUAUAAUGUGAGAUGACAAAUGCUAGUUAUCCUCAAGAGCGUUUCUAAAGUUGAACUUGGACUUCAACUAGAAACCAAUAAAUAUGAAUUUCUUUGGUACAUGCAUUUUUCUUAAUUUUUUUUGAGUUUGGAACUAUGGCCUAUAAUGAAAAUAGACUUAAAAAGGGGAAACGAUUCUAUAUUACAAUGUGUAAAACUCCUGUUGGAGUUAACAUUACUCCAUUGAUUUUUAUGAUGCAGAUUUGCUGGCCACCAGCGACGUCAGUAUUUCCAGUUGGACAUUCCCAGGCAUUGUUUACAUGGAUGUUGGACACCAUUAAGAGAACAGGCCACAACUGAAUUCAGAAAUCUACUGGACUGCUUUAAACAAGCAUCUUGUACAACAGUUUCUGAAACCAUUUUCUUUAAUAGCAAUAUAUUCAAGACAAUUGUAUCCCCAAAUGAUGUAAAAGCAGAACACAUCUUAGUGAAAAGAAAUACAGGAAAAUGUGGAUGGGUUAUAAGGGUAGCAAUGGGAGACCUUUUAAUCUGAAGUCAAAAGCUUCAAAGUAAUUUUAAAAUGAAACUAGUGCCACUGAACCAUUGACAUUUUGAAAUAAAUAAACCAAGGUGCAGGUUUAAAUUUUAUCUGGUAUUCUUGCUCUGUUUAUGUCAAAGUAGUUAGACAUUAACUAAAUAAAUAGGUAUCAAAUAUAUUUCAGGAAACGAGUCAAUUUGUGAAAAUACUGGCGGCACAUUCUGACUUUAUUUAAAAAACUCCCAUUUGUUCAGUUAAAGCUACAGGUAAUGUUUGGUGACAGAGCAAUGGAAUGAAAACAGACAAAUGUUUCUCUUGUUGCACCUUCACAGUUUUUUUGUUGCAACAAGGUACGGAAGAGGGAAAAAGAGAGG